UCUUCCUUCUCUUCCUCGUCUUCCAUCUUCUUCUCUUCGCGGAACUGCUAAACAUCCGGAUCCUCCUGCUCCUCCUGAUCCGAUGAUGCUUUGCAUCCAUCCCAUCCCUUCCUUCCCUUCCCUUCCCUUCUCUGCCUUUCCCGCCCAAUCACAGAUCAUUCCCCUUCUGCCUGCAACAGCUCAGCCUCCGAAUUUCUUUCCCUCGCCCUGCGGAGGCUUCCUCGUGUGCUUGCGUUCCUCGCCUCGGCUCAUAAGCUUUUAUGAAUUCGAAUAAGCCGACACAUCUAUUCGCGUUCGGCCAAAGCAGAACGGAGCUUGACUCGCGCGCAGUGGUUGGUGCCGCACGUCAUUCGUUCGCUUCGGUGAAUUGAAUAGAAAUCCGGUUCUUGCGGUUAAUUGGCACGGCGACCUGGAACAACAGCAGCACUUGUGAGAUCGUUGUUAGUUAUGUCUGUGAGUUAUCGGGGAUUCGGCUUUCAUGGCGAAGGAUGGGUAGACUGGAGGGGAGAGAAGCCAGAGACGCGGAGUGGAGGUAUCUGGUUGACGGCGAGGACCGUGCUUAAGCUGAAAUUGAUAGCGCUUUGGCGGUUUAGCCGCGUUUGAUUCGUGGACCAGGACGCAAAAGUUGUCUCGUGCUUCCAGGAGAUCCUUACUGGCUGCCUUCUGAUGUGCAAGGCUAUCGCCAAUUACUGCCAUGAGCUCUGAAUUGGCUCUUUACGGAGGUUAAAGAUGUAAUAUUACUCUUCGAUGGUAGUUUGACAACAAAUCUGUGCUUCUCGACAAACAUCCCGAUCAUCACCUUCUUGGCUCUAGGGAUCUUCCCUUUACACAUGAAAACUUCUGCUGCCGAAUUGUAACGUCACGCGAUUGGAUGCGACUGCAAAUGUCUUUAGAGAACCUCAAAAUUGUUUACCCCUGAGCCGUGAUGAGCGAGAACUUGGCAACAGUCUUUGAGAUUCUCGAUGGUUUGGCUUUGACAUCAGUUUCACGGAUUAGUCGAACCACAUGUUCCGCUAUAAAAUUGGAAGAGGAUGUGAAUCCGAAGAUGACAUCUCGAACUGGUGGAGCUAUGGCUAAAAGACAAGAAGACUCCACGAUUACAAUUUACCACAAAUGUUCUCUUGUACCCAUGUAACAAUCUCAGUUCACGAUAUUUAGAUGAGCAGCUUGUUCUCAAGUAGAUGUUAGAUUCUGGAUCGAAAUCAUGGGCUUCCAAAUGGAUGAAGUGUUUAAGCUGAGCACGACCGUGGAGAGCAGCUCGACACUGUUUGAGAAAGUCAUCCCAGUCAAAAUAACGAAAUGUGGCUCGGAAGAAAGACACACGGAUUUGACAAUUCGAUUUCUUAUGGGCAUAAGCAAAGUGCAUAGAUCAACCAAGGUUCUACAGGUUCAGGUAACGAACGAGCUCGAUCCCUUCUUCUUUUACUCUCUCGAAGUAAACGAGGACGACUUUCAAAGUUUGAAGGUGGAACAGUGCAUCCUUGUUGACUUUGCAACUUUCCCCUACAAAUUUAUAGAGCUUCUGGAGCAGUGCAUCGCCUCGGGAUGCAAUGACAGCCCUAGGUUCUUGGCAAUGUUGAGUGUGCGAACUGGGGAUUCAACGUUCAGCAUCGUGGAGACGAAUCAGUUCAAACAUUUGAGCCACCUCUCCCUGUGCUUUAGGCAAGGAAACGAUACAGUCAUCAAAAGCUAUCUUGCUGCAAGGCUAGCUGAGUACAAGGCGAUCAACCUUGAUUUACAUGACAAACUAAGGAGGACACUGCUGUCUUUGGAGAAAUCAUUACGCGAUGUUGACGACCUCAGCAGUGAAUUAGCUGAGCUGAAGGAAAAACAAAACCGAUCCGUCAGCGAGCUGAAGGCUGAGUACACCCUGGAAAUUGCUCAUGAAAAAGAGAAGGUGAUGCAAGAGACAGCAGAGCUGAAAGAAAGGCUAGAGAGGGAACGAGCCGAUCUUGAAAGUCGACUCCGGCAACAGGCUGACGUUCAGCACGAACGGGCAACCGAGUUGGACAAACAGGUUCGGACGCUUUUGGACACUAAGUACAAACUAGACACAAAAGUUACAGAAUUGCGGACAAAAUUUGUGGCGCUUGAGAAAGAUCUGGAUGAAAAAUCGCAGGAAUGUGAGCGCCUACGAAGGGAGAACCGCAAUCUUGACUCUGAAAAACACGAGAAUGCCAAGCAGCUCAACCGCCAUCUUAUACGGCUCAGUGCACUGGAACAGGAGGUUCAGGACAAGGGCGACCUGCUGUCAAACUUGACCAUGCAGUUGGAAAACCAGGCAGCUCACAGAUCAGCCUUGGAAGGAUCAUGGAAGGAAGCUCAGGCGGCCGCUGACCGUGCAGAGGAGAGGGCUUCCGUAAGCUCCUCCGAGAUAAACAAAUGCUACCAAAUUAUAGAGAAACUACAGAUGGAACUCCGUUCGAUGAAAUCAAAAGUAAAGCUCAAAGGCCAAGUCACAUCACAGCAAGACACUAUGAUUCAAGAAAAACAAGCAGCCAUUGAGAAGGGAUUGAGCGAAAUCUCCAACCUGCAAGAGGAAGUAAAUCGCCUCAAACUCGAGAAUGAAAGCUUGAAAAAAAAGUCAGAAGAGCUGCAAGGAAAGCUAGACGAAGCACAAGAACUUGUCAAAUCCAAUCAACAGAUGAUCCAGUGGUUAAACCAACAACUUACAGAAGCUCAACUUGGCAAGAUCGGCACAAGUGGCGCUUCAUCACGUUUUAUGUAUCGACCCGCAAAUGGUCUAUCUUACUCAACAAGCGCAGGAUUUGCCUCUUCCAGGGUUGGUGUUGACGCUCCUGUCACAGGAACUUCCCUUUCAUCCUCAAACAGUAUUGGUGGAAUCUCCAACCCAUCGAAUACCUUCGUACCUCAGUAUCCUAUAUCCAGUACUAUGCCGUACUCGAUUACGAGUACACCUUACGCACAAUCCAUGCAUAUGAAAACCAACGCCAAGAGCCUGAGUUCUGUAUUACCUUCUGCCUACACGAGUUCUACCCGAUCUUGUUGUGUAGCAAAAGCUGCUGCAGCUGCCGCCACCACCAAUCCUUCGACUAGUACAGCUUGUUCCAAGGUCCAGUACAGACCUUCUCAUCUAGCCAAAACCCUCCAUGCAGAAAACCAUUCUGGAUCAGGGUGCUUAUUGCAAACAGACACAUGUGGUCCUGUAUCUUGGCCGGAUGAUACGAGCUCCUGGAUAUCCAAAAUUGGACUGGGAUCAGGUGUAGUUCUGCCAAAGCCUCAAUUGUCUUUCGCUGAUGUGAGAUCCGGAUUUGGUGAUAACAGUGGAGGAAAAAGCACGGCAACAAGUUUCAGCAGAUCAGCACCAGGCGUUGACAGAUCUCAAACUCGAGCUUCUCCCCAAAAUCCUAGGUCGCAGUCUCCUCCUUCUCCUCAAUUUUCUAAACCUCAAUCAACUCACUCUCCCCCCCGAUCACCCGGCCCAUCCUCUACCAGAUCUCGCUCUCCCCGACAAAGAUCACCUCCUGUACGGCAGAAGUCUCCUCAAAUACAGAAUGGCUAUUGUUUCAGUAAGAACCAAGUCGUGUCGAAUUCUGACAUCGCUUUGUCCAAUUGCAAGUAGUUAUAGCAUUUCCACACCAUCGUGGAAUUAGGUUGUAGACACGAUUUUAGUUCAGAAACAGCUCACCGGGGGCUGGUGUGGGCUGGGCACAGCCAACCUGGGCAUGUGCAUCUUCACCUCAAUUCUUUGGGCAACAGCCCAAAGUUGCACGGGCCUCUAAGGAUCCGCCUCCUGAUCUUGUUGGUGGGAGAUCUUUAUCUGCUCAGUUGGAAGGGUAUUAUGAGGACCACACGCUGCGCAAACUCCUUCCAACAGAGCUGCCACCAUAGAAGAGGGAAUAUUUGAGACUUCCUCAAAUUACAGUCAGUGUUGAGGAUGGUUCAGUUCAAGGAGGUGAGAAGGGG